AUGAAAGGCUUAACAAAGCAAAUUCUAAAAGCAUUUAGCAUGGAAAAACUGGGAUUUCUUUCUUCAGUUCUUAGCAAUCAUCUUCUCCAACUUCUUUUGAUUUUGAUGAUUCUGAAUAUUGUUGCUUAUGGAGAAGAAACAAAGGAUUUUUACAUUGUUUACUUGGGAGAUAGUCCACUGAACAAGCAAUCUGCAGUUCAAGAACACAUAGGCCUUCUUUCCUCUGUGAAAGGAAGUGAACAUGGUGCCAAAGAGUCUAUUGUUCAUAGCUACACUAAGAGCUUCAAUGCCUUUGCUGCCAAGCUAUCCAAAGAUGAAGCUGAAAUGUUAAAGGGCCUAGAAGAAGUGGCAUCUGUGUUCCCAAAUCGGUAUCGCAAGCUUCACACUACGAAAUCAUGGGACUUCAUUGGACUUCCUUUAACAGCUAGAAGAAAUUUGAAGUUAGAGAGAAAUAUAAUUGUGGGUCUACUUGAUACAGGCAUUACUCCACAGUCCGAGAGCUUUAAAGACAAUGGAUUUGGUCCACGACCGUCAAAAUGGAAAGGAACAUGCAGUCAUUUUGCGAAUUUCUCAGGCUGCAACAACAAGAUUAUAGGAGCUAAAUACUACAAGCUCGAUGGCAACUCCGACCCUGCUGACAUUUUAUCACCUAUAGACGUUGAUGGCCAUGGAACACACACUUCAUCAACACUAGCGGGUAACCUGGUUCAAGAUGCAAAUCUUUACGGGCUAGCCAAAGGCAUGGCUCGUGGUGCAGUGCCAUCAGCUAGGAUAGCAAUGUACAAAGUGUGCUGGGCCAGCUCAGGGUGUGCCGAUAUGGAUAUUCUUGCCGCAUUGGAUGAUGCUACUAGCGAUGGAGUGGACGUAAUAUCGAUAUCGAUCGGUGGGGCGACUCAGGAUUUCGUGACGGAUUCUAUAUCAGUUGGUGCAUUUCAUGCCUUGAAGAAGGGAAUCAUUACUGUGACUUCCGCUGGGAAUAAAGGUCCAAGUUUGAGUUCGGUUUCUAACUAUUCCCCAUGGCUUUUUACUGUGGCAGCCAGUGGGAUCGACAGACAGUUCAUGAGCACAGUCAAGUUGGGUAAUGGAAAAAGUUUUUCGGGAAUUGGGAUUAAUACAUUCGAAUCAAAAGAAAAAAUUUAUCCCAUUGUCAGCGGGACCGAUGUUGCGAUGAACUCCAAAAGCAAGGAAAACGCAAGGUUCUGCUUCGAUAACACAUUGGAUCCUGUCAAGGUGAAAGGAAGGCUUGUUUAUUGCACACUAGGCCAAUGGGGUGUUGAUUCUGUUGUCAAAGGUAUUGGAGGAAUUGGCACUAUUGUUGAAAGCGACGAAUACCUCGACACUGCUCAAAUUUUCAUGGCACCGGCAACAAUGGUGAACUCAACUGUCGGAGAAACUAUACAAAAUUAUAUACAUUCUACAAGCUCACCUUCAGCAGUGGUAUAUAAGUCUGAGGAAGUAAAAGUUCCUGCUCCUUUUGUUGCUUCAUUUUCAUCUCGGGGUCCAAAUCCGGGCUCACAGCAUAUUUUGAAGCCUGAUAUUACAGCCCCUGGCGUUGACAUCUUGGCAGCUUAUACUCUUACAAAGUCACUCACAGGGCUCGAAGGUGACACUCAACAUUCAAAGUUCACUCUCAUGUCCGGCACUUCCAUGGCCUGCCCACAUGUUGCAGGUGUUGCAGCCUAUGUAAAAUCAUUUCACCCUACUUGGACACCGGCCGCGAUCAAAUCCGCAAUCAUGACCACAGCAAAACCGAUGAGCCGGAGGGUGAACAAAGAUGCCGAGUUUGCCUAUGGUGCUGGUCAAUUGAAUCCUGCAAGAGCCAUAAACCCAGGCCUAGUCUAUGACAUUGAUGAGAUGUCAUAUGUACAAUUCCUAUGCCAUGAAGGCUACAGUGGGUCGUCUAUAGCGCAUUUAGUUGGCACAAAAUCCAUAAACUGCUCCUCGAUCCUUCCUGGAUUCGGCUAUGAUGCUCUCAACUACCCGUCGAUGCAGCUCAACAUGAAAAAGAGCCAACAGCAAACCAUAGGUGUUUUCCAGAGAAGAGUCACCAAUGUAGGUCCUCCAUCUGUGUACAACGCUACCAUUAAGGGCCCUAAAGGAGUGGAAAUCAUGGUUAGGCCGACGAGUCUCCUCUUCACUCGUCCGUUGCAGAAGCGGAGUUUUAAGGUUGUGGUGAGAGCGAAUCUCAGGACAAGCAGUAAAUUUACGGUGCUAUCAGCUUCACUUGUAUGGAAAAGCAAUCGUCACACUGUGAGAUGUCCUAUUGCUGUUUACAACUUCCCAGACUAAAAUAAUCAUCUUUAUAUGUGAAAAAAAUGAGGGAGCAAGUAGCUU